GAAAUCAUAGUUAUUGGUCGAAACAUGGAGUCAAUGGUCCCAGACCAGUACCCAUUUUUGGUACAAUGUUGUAUCAACUAUUUAAGCCAAAACAUAUGAUUAACAUGGAUUGGUUACACAAAUAUGGCAAACUAUAUGGCACAUACACCGGCAAUAAACCUAUACUUCAAGUGGCGGAUCCCGAUCUCAUCAAACAGAUCUGUGUGAAAGACUUUCACGUAUUUACCGAUCGCGCGACAAAUUCGCGCAGACAUCCAAUACUGAGUCGACAUUUGGUUACAGAAACUGGUGACGACUGGAAACGUAUCCGAUCUAUAGUUACGCCAACAUUUUCAUCGGGAAAGAUGAAGAAAAUGUAUCCAUUGAUCAGGAAAUGUUUGCAAGACUUUCUCGACACACUGGAUGUCAGAGCCCGUAGUGGUCAGGAAAUGGAUGCAAAGAUAGCUUACGGUAACUAUACUAUGGAUGUAAUCGCUUCGUGCGCUUUUGCCACCAAAACCAAUACCAACGUUGACCAGAACAGUCCAUUUGUGGUGAACGCACAGAAAGUGUUUCGACCCAAUAUGGCUAAAGCACUGGCCAUUGGUUUGAUGCCGACAUCUCUACUCAAGUUGAUUGGCAUCAGAACUCCUAUCGAAGAGAAGGCCAACGAAUUCUUCUUCAAUAUGACCCGACAUAUAAUGAAAGAGCGAAGUAAUAGCAAUAAGAAAUACAAUGACUUUAUUGAACUGUUAAUGAAUGUCCAGAAGUCUAAUAAUAAUAAUAAUAAUAAUAAAGAUGUUAUCAUUAAUGAAGAUAAUGAUAACACUGAAGCACAUCACGUCAAUGAAGGAGAAGAGGAAAAAUCAAUCGCAAAGAAAGUCCUGAGUUCUGCCGACAAGUACUUAACCGAAGAUGAAAUACUGGCGCAGUCGUGGGUUUUCUUUGUUGCCGGUUAUGAAACAACGGCCACUGCAUUGACAUUUACGUCGUACGAGUUAGCCAUUAAUCCCGAGACUCAAGAAAAACUUUACAAAGAAAUCAUGUCCGCUGUCGACGCCAAAGGAGAGUUAGACUACGAGUUAAUGUCAAGACUUCCGUAUUUGGAUGCCGUCAUAUCCGAGUCGCUACGAUUGCACCCGCCGUCAGUCCUACUGAUCAGACAGGCAGCCGAAGACUAUAAAUUAGGUGACACUGGUAUCACAUUAUAUAAGGGCCAACAAUUGGAAGUACCUAUAAAUGCCGUACAUCUCAGCGAAGAGUUUUAUGAAAAACCAUUGGUAUUCAAUCCGGAAAGGUUUUUGCCGGAGAACAGGCAUAAGAUUAAACCAUAUAGUUAUAUACCGUUUGGUGCCGGACCUCGCAAUUGCAUUGGUAUGAGGUUUGCCCUAAUGGAGGCUAAGCUGGCAUUGGCUCAGAUAAUCAAAAACUACCGAUUUGUACGUACCAAACAAACUGAUGUACCUCUACUGUACAAUAAACACCCGUUCCUCAGUUCAGCCAAACGUGUAGUGUUUGAUAAUUGGUCAUUCAUUUAUGGUCUAUUAGCUGUUGUACCCCUCAUAUAUUGGUAUACUAUACGUAAUCAUGGUUACUGGAAAAAGUUAGGCAUUAAAGGACCCAGACCAUUUCCCAUAUUGGGCACAACGGCAUACAUGACACGUACACCCAGACAGCUAUUAGCUAUGAAAUGGCAAAAACAAUACGGGAAAAUCUAUGGUGGUUUCGACGGAAACACUCCUCUAUUAGUGGUCACCCAAUCGGAACUAAUCAAAGAUGUUUUAGUCAAAGAUUUCAAUAUAUUCAUCGACAGAGCAAAAAACCAGAGAAACCAUCCGAUUCUUAGUCGACAUUUGGUUCGCGAAACGGGCGACGACUGGAAACGAAUCCGAUCGAUAGUUUCGCCCACUUUUUCGUCGGGAAAAAUGAAGAAAAUGUAUCCAACAAUCAAACAAUGUUUGAAUAACUUUGUCGAUGCACUCGAAGUCUAUGCCCGAGAGAGCCGAGAUGUUAACGUCAAGAUCCUGUAUGGCAACUAUACAAUGGAUGUAAUAGCUACCUGUGCAUUUGCUACCAAAACCAACAGUUACAAUGAGCCAAACAAUCCGUUUAUGAUAAAUGCGCAAAAAAUUUUCAAACCAAAUAUUUGGCGAUUUGUGGCUUUGCAAGUGUUGCCCAAACCUAUACUACAAAUGCUUAACAUAAAACAUUUGGCCGACGAAUCGGCCAAUCAGUUCUUCUUUGGGAUCACCAAAAGGAUAAUCAAAGAGAGAAGUAAUAGCAAUAAAAAGUAUAACGACUUUAUGGAGCUAUUAAUCAACGCACAGAAAUCAGUUACAAAUCAUAACAAUAAUAAGGAUGACAUUCAAUACGAUGAAAGUGACGCCAAUGAAGCACAUCAUGUAAAUGAAGGUGAAGAAGAAAAGGCAGUCGAAAGAAAAGUGUUGAGUUCUGUGGAUAAAUACAUUACCGAAGAGGAAAUGAUGGCUCAGGCGUGGGUUUUCUUUGUUGCCGGCUAUGAGACAACGGCCACAACAUUGACAUUUGCCACUUACGAGUUGGCACUGAAUCCAGACAUACAAGAAAAACUGUACGAUGAGGUGAUCACUGCUAUCGAUGCCAAAGGAGACAUCGAUUACGACCUAUUAUCRCGAUUGCCAUACUUGGAUGCAGUCAUAUCAGAGACACUACGACUGCAUCCGCCAGCUGUCGUACUAAGUCGACUGGCCUCACAAGACUACAAACUGGGCAACACUGGUAUCACUAUUAAAAAGGGUCAGAGAGUAGAGAUUCCCAUAUAUGCCGUACAUCAUAGCGAAGAGUACUAUGACCAGCCGUUUAGCUUUAUUCCCGACCGGUUUUUACCCGAAAACCGACACAAAGUUAAACCCUAUACGUAUAUACCGUUUGGCGCCGGUCCGAGAAACUGUAUAGGCAUGCGAUUUGCUCUAAUGGAGGCCAAACUGUGUUUAGCACAGGUAGUCAAACGCUAUCGGUUUGUUCGUAGUCCUCAAACCGAUAUACCAUUGAUCUUACAGAAUAGUCAGGCACUCAAUUCACCUAAACGUGUUGUCGUAGGCAUUCAAAUGAGAUAA